ACUUGGAACAUUUACCGUUCUAAUCUGUCACGUUUCAUAGUUUCUUUAUAAUUAUAAAUAGAGAUUAUUACAUGGCAAUCGGCUUUGCUAAGCAAUUCGCGUAGGCUAUGACUGAAAAAAAUAGGUCAGACGAGAAAGCAAUUUAUGAACAAUCUACCAUAGUCAGUUAGAGAUUUAUACAAGUUAAUUGUCUAAUGUCGUUUUUGAGACUACCUAGAACAAGAUCACGAAUCUUGCUAAUAAUUGUAUCCAUAGCGACGUUACUUGCCCUUACUAAAUUCGCGGCUCAUAAUUAUUCCAAAGAAUUUUCAUCAAUUACUGGUAUAGAUCAAGAAUUACAUAGUGAUUUAACACAAUAUGAGCCAUCACAACCAUCUUCCCUUGAUACAACAAUCGAUGAGAAUGAAAUAUUUGUAGAAGAUGAAGUGGUUAAACCACCACCACUAGAUUUUACUGACAAGGAAACUCCUCAAGAGCCAGAGAUUAAAGAAGUUCCUGCUCAUAAAUUUUGGGCUGAAGUUUUUCAAAUGUUUGAAGAUUGCAAAAUUGAUGACUUUGGUAAAGGUUAUGGCAAUAUCAUUCAAUAUGUUCCUAAAGAAGAAAGUACUGAGGGUUAUACGGAAGAUGCUUUACUCUCAAAGGCUACAAUAGAUGAUGAAAGCUUUGAAGAACUAAAAUUAAAGCAUAAGCAGCUCUUGCAGAGUUUACCUCAAGAAAUUCCUAGUUAUGCCUAUAAUAAGGGAUCAAAGGGGAUUGUAAUGAUAGGUGGUGGUAGAUUUUCUUGGUUAUCGUACCUUGCUCUUGUAGCAGUUCGAGAAACAGGAUCAUUAUUACCGGUAGAAAUUAUUAUACCAACACUCAAAGAUUAUACUAACGAAGAACAUUUCUGUACUGAAGUUUUACCAUCAUUAAAUGCAAGAUGUGUUAUUCUUCCUCAGGAAUUAGGUACUGAAGUAAAUAAUAAAUGGUCGAAAUCAUUUGCGAAUUAUCAAUUUAAAUCAUUAUCAUUGAUUGCAUCAUCUUUUGAACACAUAUUCUUGCUUGACUCUGAUAACAUGAUCCUUUCAAAUCCUGAAACAAUAUUUGAAAGCAAUAUUUACAAGCAUUAUGGUAUGAUUACCUGGCCUGAUUAUUGGAGAAGAACUAUUUCUCCAAAAUUUUAUGAUAUUGCAGGUUUAUCAGUAAAUGAUAGAAAAAGAGUUAGGUAUAAUAGAUAUCCGUUGAAUGUUCCAAAGGGGUUGGAUUAUAACUUGGACGAAGAAGAAAAGCAUAAAGUACCUUUCCAUGAUUUAGAAGGUACAAUUCCUGAUUUAUCAACCGAAUCAGGACAAUUCUUUAUCAAUAAAGGUACCCAUGGAAGAACUUUACUUUUAGCAUUGUAUUAUAAUAUUUAUGGUCCAAAGUUGUAUUAUAAAUUAUUUUCUUUAGGAGAACAAGGCGAAGGAGACAAAGAUACUUUUGUAGCUGCAGCUGUUGUCACCAAACAGAAAUAUUAUCAAAUUAAGUCAUUUAUUGAAACAAAAGGUUAUCUCGAAAAUUCUGGGGACUUCAAAGGAGUAGCCAUGGCACAGAAGGAUCCAAUAAAAGAUGAUGUUUUAUUUGAAAAUGAAGUUAUUAAACCCUUGUUCAAGGAUGUGAAUGAACCACAACCUAUCAAUGAGCAAAUUAAAUUUUUAGAAGGAGUUGAUACAAGUAAAUUUGAACAUAACGAUGUUCCAAUUUUUGCAGUUCAUUGUAAUUACCCGAAAUUAGAUCCUAUGCAAUAUAUUCUGAGAGAUGAUCUUUACGAUUCAGAGAAAAAGAGAUUAAAGUACAGAUUAUACAGCUCAUUCUCGUAUGAUUCUAAUGUUGGAAACCAGAUAAUUAAAUCUGAUUUCGAGUUAAUUCAAUGGAUUCGAAUGAAAAAGAUUCUAUGCGAACAAAAGGUUCAUUUUGUCCACUUCAAAAAUAUCGAGUUGGAAGACUUAUGUCUCAUUAUUGACAAUCAAGUCAAAUGGUUAUCAAGCACCUCUUAAGUUUAGUUUCUGUAUAUAGGAAUUCGCAUU